CCAAUCCGUGGCUGGGACUGCUCGGUUUGGCUGUCUGGCCCAGCUGGGGCUGCUCGGGUUUGGGGGUCCUCUAAAAAUGUUUAAAUCAAAAUGGGGGUCCUCAGGUUGCUAAAGUUUGAGAACAGCUGGUCUACAUAUUGUAUUUUAAUGUUGACACUUUCAGUUUGUCUUUAGUCCUAAUAUUUCUCUUAAUCAAUGGUAUAAUAUUGUAUCAAGGCAGUCAUUCAAAAUUCUGUUCUGCUGGAAAAUUCAUAUUGGUUGUUUCCAUCAGCCUAACAACAUGGUAAACUUGGAACAGAUUUUUGUGCCUGAGCUAAAAUGUUUUCAUGAUCCAUUUACAAGUCUUCAUUAAAAUAUAGUAAUCUAUGAAUCUGUGACUUAAGUGAGGCAAAAAAUCUCAUAACUUUUACAAUAUAGCAUAUGUAACAAUAUCAGAGACCGCUGUAACAUGAUGUCAGCAGUGAUGUUUUUAGGAAUGACGUGUCAGGCUAGGACCUCCUACACAGAAGAUGAAGUUCUUUGGGGCCACAGAUUCCUCCCAGUAAUGUCCCUAGAGGAUGGCUUUUUUCAUGUGGAUUACUCUCAGUUUCAUGCCACCUUUGAAGUCCCCACACCUCCUUAUAGUGUUAAAGAACAGGAGGAAAGCCUGUCUCUUCCAUCUCCUUUCAAUACUCCUAUUGGUAACAACCGAAACAGAAGGGAACACAUCUGCUCACUUGACUGUAUUGAUAUUUUAGAAGAGAAAACAAACAAGUUUCCUAGUAAACUGCAAAAAAUUAGCUCCAGAAAAGAAGGCCUUCAGAGAAGAGUCCUGAGAAUGAGUUCCAGCAAUGUAGAGAAAGCUUGCAGUACUGGAGAUCUCUUAAAAAUUCAGCAGAUAAGUUCUGUUCCCAGCAAUGAAGAUGGUGAUGAAAGGAUACAACUGAAGGCCUUCAGAAUCAAAUCUGAGUCUUUGACUCAGUCUACAGGAGAUCUUGAGUUACAGAAAAAGCCUCAAGGUAUGCUCACCUUAGGGACAAGAUUAGAGGAUAAUUUGCCUGCCAAACUUCGAAAAAUGAAUUCUGAUCGCCUUUCCUAAAUAACAGGACUGCAUUUUAGACUUCUGUCCUUCAGGAUUAUUUUGGAAUACUACUGUGAUAAUUUGGUUUUGCCAAGGGAUUCUUCAUAAAUAACAAUUUUCAAAAUUAAUUAGCAUUUUUCUAUAAUAUUCAGUACAAGUUAUGAUUUACGUAGCAUGGUAACUGUACAAGGUGCUAUACUGUAAGUUCACUGUGCCAAACAAACAAGUCCCCGCUUUAAAGAUGUGUUAUCAGCACUACUGUAACAGAUUGGUCGGUCUUCCACCCUUUCAGAAGUCUUUCUGAGAUAAAAGGGGCCAGAUUCUCAGCUAUGACUAAAGUGCACAUAGUGCAGGUUGGGUGGGGGAGGGUUCAAUGGCAGCAUAAAUCUCACCUUU